GCCCCGUCUAAGCUUUGUACCCAAAAAUCCACACCAGCUCCUUUUUCCCUCGACUUCAUAUUUUUUUCCAUCGGUACUUCAAGAAUAAUUGUCUUCACUCAAAUCCGAGUUGAAACAGUCUCAAGAAGUCUCAGAAAGUCCUUUUAUUUGGAUGAGUUCAUCAUUGAAGGAGCAUUUUAUUGGAUGAUCUCAAGCGUGUAAAUAAAUUAAAGUUGGAGUGAAUCCUGAGGAAAGUUUUCAACUAAAGGAAUGCGAUGAGUGCAUUUUUUGGAGGAAUUGAUACAGUUUUUUUAUUAGAUUAAAAAAAAUUGAAGGUAGUUUGAAAAUUGGUAAAGAAAAUAUUAAUGGAGAUGGACGAGCGAACCAAGGGGAAGUUAUCUCAUGCAUCAUCUUAUGCAUCAUCGAGGGCCGAUAGAUAUCAUGGUGAUGUUGCUUCAGCUGAAGCUUACGAAUAUUGGGAAACUCAAAGGGUAAAUCCUUCAUUUUCCGACCGGCAAAAAGAAAGGAGAGAAGCAGGUGGAACAGACAACCCAGGAGCAAAUUAUUACAUUCCUGAUCCUUACAGAAGGCAUAAAAAACUUAUUCCUCCAAAUUCGUCACAUGUGAAUUAUUCUUCAAUUGAAAAUAAAGAUAGACAAUACAGAUGUCCUCAAAAUCACAGAGUCAGUCGAAAUAAAAUUUCGAAUCUGAAUGAUAAUUCAGUGAUGAGAAAAGGAAAUGAAUUUGAAGAAGAUGUUGAAGGUGAUGCAGACGUCGAUGAUGACGAUGACGACGAUUUGGAAGGUCAUCAAUAUUAUGAAGUCAAUGCCAGAGGUGAAGUGGAGGAAAAUCAGGAAGAAUCAUGUGGCUCGGAAACUGAAAAAGAGCGAGAAGAUCUUGAAGAGGAUUAUGAAAUAUCUCCCCCUUCCGAUCGAUUUCCAAAAAAAUAUGAAAAAAAUCCCAUGUCGAUAUUGCAAAGGCUCAAAAUACUGGAUCUCGCCCAGGAAAGAUUAAAAUUGCAUCACGCGAGGCAUUUUCAAAAAAGGUACCAGGGAAUGGCAACUCGAAGACGCUCUCAUGAUAUUCCGGAACAUGCUGUCCCUGAUGAAGCAACAGAGGAUGAUGAUGAAAUUUCACCUCAUUUAUUACCGAUUCGAAAAAAUAUUAAACAACCAAUGAAUUAUCGACAACCAAAUUCCUGGUCGUCCUCUCGAAAUCCAGAUCUAUACAAUAUAAUCCGAUCUUCACAAAAUUAUCACUACCCAAGAAAAAAUGAAAGCCCAAAAUCUGGUUUUGAACCUCUUGUGGAAUCUUAUAGACAAAAAGGGACUUGUCAAUAUUGUGGUGGUACUGGAAAAUAUGCAGAGUCUGUAGUCCCAAGAAAAAAUAAUUGCAGAGUUCAUGAAUCGACAAAAGUCUCUUUUAACACCAACGAGAAAUUCGGAGUGGAUGGUGAAUCAGGAGAGCCAGGAGACCGAUGUUCUGGUGGAAGAAGGAAUUCCCCAACAACAAAUUUUCCCAUUUCUCCAGCAGCUCUUACUUCACAAAAACCUCGUAGGUCCAGAAACACUAGAUCACCAAAUCGAGGAUAAAGAGAACGAGGAACUCUAUUAAAAAAAAAGUAUUUUCCUUCUAAAAUGGCAAUGUAAAUAGAUUUGAUCAACCAAGUUGAGACUCCAUGCCUUGAGGCCUUAUCUUCGAUCACUAAGGAAAUAAAUUUCUUUCCCUCAAAAUCCUUUAUUUUUGGAAAAAAUUUAAAAAAAAAGCUUGUCGGGGUUACCUUGUCCCUCCACCCUUACCCCUUUUGUCAAUUACAGAAUUCGCUGUAUAUUUGUACAAUUUUUCCACGUACAGAAAGUAUUUUAUUUAUAAAAAGUCCUUUACAUUGUAAUUGAUGUCUCUAGAUUCAUAUAAUAAAUGGUGAAUAGAAAGCGUAUAUUAAUUUUGUGAUUCUGGAAUUUAGCUGGAAAAUACUUCUGGUUCUUGGCACCCAAAAAAAUUAUUUGUAAAUAUGUGAUACUAAUAUUAAACAUAUAC